UUUCUUCAAAACGACGCACAAUGCCUCAGUAGCAGCUCGCUUUGUAACGAACUCACCUUUGCUUCAUUAGUAAUAGAUUGAUUCGGAGCUCAUUUACGAGACUCGACUAACACCAAAAAAAAGGUGUCAUUCUCGAGCAAGCCGAAAGCAAGUUCGGCACGUAAUCGGUUCUUUUCUUCAAAAAGAAUUCCAACGGCACCAAAGCGAACUUCCCUUUGCUUCGAAAAUCUCAGCAGUUUCAGGAAAUUGAAGGAAUUGAUAAUAAUUUCGGGAGCAAGCUUCGGAGAAUCUGGGAAGAAUUUCAGGAGUGGAAUUUUAAAAUGCGAGGAAAAUUUUGGGACAAUUUCAACCGGAUCCUUCCUUAUUAUUUGCAUUCGAUAGAUUAUGAAGUCAAAUAGACCAAGGUCAACAAAACCAAAGUGGACCGUUUUCAAAAAAAGGUAAAUCGAGAUGUUGGAGGAAGUCCCCAUUACAAAGAAGAAAUUGUAUGGUAAUUCCUUUGUUUUUCUGCCCUCGAUAUCUAAUCGGGGCGUGUACAGAAGCAGUUGGCAACUAAGUAUCUCCACAACGGACGGCAUUCACAAAUAAUCUUUCGGAAUUCAAAGAAAAGCAAAUAAGGCUGUUAACGUAAAUGCUAUACACACAGUAAACAUUAAUCAACAACCUUGAUGGGUUAUCAGGAAAGUUCUACAAUAAUAAAUUCGUAAUAAAUCAAAUCCGGUCCUGUAUUUUUCAAUAAGCGAUAAACGGAGAAUAACAUAAAUUUUUAUUGAGAGCCGAUUCGCCUGGCAGAGCAGCGCCGGUAGUCGCGUUAAGUACAUGACGGCGGGUCACAAUUUAAAGAAGCGGCUACGUGCAGUGUUAAACCGUGCCCGAAUUUCAUUUUUGGAACAUUUCGUCGGUUAAAGUGGGUGGUGGUUGGUGCGACAAGUACCGUCCGAGUUUUUUUUUUUUUUGGUUGGCCAAGUUUCGUCUAAAUAUAACUUUAUGUUCGCAACUACUGAUAUCUGCGAUUAUAACCAAAACAAACAUCUGUGUAAAUUGAAAAACACAAUGUUGGAGAAGUUCAAUGCGGAUUUCCGAAGACCGAGGCGGGACAUCAACUGCAACACGAAGGGCAAAGGAAAAGCCAUCGAAAUUAGAAAGGAAGAAGUUAUGGCCAUUAGAAACAGAUUCCCUACAAAAAUACCAAUCAUAGUACAAAGGUUCACAAAGGAAAACUACCUACCACAACUGGACAAGUCGAAAUUUCUAGUCCCCCAAGAAAUCACAAUGUCGCAAUUCCUCACGAUCAUCAGAAACCGCAUGCACGUCGGAUCGUCGCAGGCCCUCUACCUCCUCGUCAACAAUAAAUCGCUGGUCAGUCUGUCGUUAACGCUGGCCGAGGUUUACACCGAGUACGCGUGCACCGACGGUUUCCUGUACAUAACGUACGCGUCGCAGGAGGUGUUCGGAGGCCGUAAAUGAUGUGAUCAAACUUGUAUUAAUAGGAGUAACGGUCGUGAGGAAAGUGAAAACGUGGUGGUAGGAUAAGAGUUUACUACUUAGCCGACGUGUUUUCGGAGGGAGGACGAGAGCCGCUGCAACGCGUUCAAUUUCUCUUCUUUUUUAUUAUUAUAGUUACUGUGUAAUUUCAGAAAGAAUAGACUGAUCAGGUUUUUAAAGUAGACUUUAAGUUAUUGUAGAUGUUAAUGGUAAUUCUCAUACCAGUAUGUUUACUUAAAAACAUUUUAAAAGACUGUUCGUACAAUCCGUACCAUUUAUUAGCAUCUUCAAGGGAUGUGUUUUGAUAUUUUUACCAAAUAAAUUUUCUCAAGUCGU